CGCCAGCAGAUAGUGACGGGUCCCGAGGUCAAGAUGAGCAAUGAAUUCGAAUGGGACGUCUGCAGGAGGAGACUGAUGGGGCCUUCGGCGUAAGCGCACGACCAAAGGAAAGGAUGCCUUCGUUCCUUCCCUCAUCUUGUGCGCGUGUUCUUCCUUUUCACCCGCCCAGAUUGCGUGCUUUCCGUCCUGCGAACGCACCACCUGGUAACACGAGAGAAUCCUGCCACACAGACAGACAGUUUCAUUCGCUCACAGACCUGCUGUACGACGGAGGUGGCCAACUGCGCGUGGAUUUGAGCCCGGACGGGGAAGUGGAGACGGGCAGAAUCGAGCACGGGCGGGGCUGUUCCAUCGUGACGUCCGACGUCCAGAGAGCGGACGCGUUCCCGCGUGAAUGGUAUGACGAGCACGGGAUGCUCAGCCUGGACCGCAUAAACAACUACAGAUGGCCGGAGGAGGCACCGUAAGCGAACCAACAGAUGAGCAGGCGUCCACGUGUGUAUGCGUGUUAGUAGAUUAUUACAUGCAUUGCUGUGUCUUUUGACAGUCUGGUUGGCCACUACGGGAUACUAGGCGAUGGCAACUUCUCCAGUGGACAGCCAUCGCAGUACACAUACCAUUACCCAUACGAGCCGGUGUAAGGCCAAGCGGUCAUUCGCCGACAAGAAGGGCAGCUCCGGUGUCACUCUUUGUGUCUGUGGCUCACUCAGGCCUCCUGUGGCGCCGGCAACGGCUCCGGCCCUCGUGCCCUUCGUGCCCCAGCAGUAAGUAGGCUAACUGCAGGGGGCAGGCAGGUACUUGUGUGGAGGUGGGUAUGUGAGCCGGUGCAUAUGUGUUGGUUCAGGCAGGAUUUCGGUCGUUUGAUCAUGACCGACCCCGCACCUGCGAUGGUGCACACCAGAUCGUAAGCGAUUCGUGUGUCUGUCUGUCUGUGUCUGUGUCUGUGAGUGUGUACGACGUAUCUUGGGUGCGUGUGGGUCUGUCAUUGCCCUCUCUUGGUUUGGUUUGGUGUGCUGUGUGUGUCAGAAGGAUGCAUCGCCCACGCACAGCGACGGCCGAUGUGCUCGGCCUUCCAUCCCACCAUCCCAUGGCGGCUGCGGGCAACAUCCCCCCAGCCGUUCCCGCUGCUGCUGCUGCUACUGCUGCUGCCGCUGCUGGCCCGCCCCCGACAUACCCAUAUUCACCCCCACCAGCCAUGCCCUACCAGCCCGCACCGGCCGACCCAGCCCCACCCCCACCCCCACCAGGCUCCUCACGGGGGUCGAUACUUCUGUCGCUCCGGCAGCAGCGCACGGGGCAGCGAUAGCUCCACCAACCGGCGACCAAGACGUCAAGAGCCGGCGGUGCAGUGGGGUGCGGUGCGGUGGGGUAGGUGUAGAUACCGUGAGCAUGAUGAUUGCAUCGCAGACAGAGAGAGAGUUGGUCUAUCGCGAUAGACAGCAGACAGACAGACAGCAGACAGACAGAGGUGUAUGUGGUGGAUGGAUAGAGAGGGAGAGAGAGAGGUGAGGUUCGGGUGCGAUCUGGCUGGCUGGCUGGCUGGCUGAAUGGGUGGAUGGAUGGGCGAGAGGGGAGAUCGAUCCAUCCAACCGCCGGGCUCCCUGGCUGUAUUACUGCCUGUUGUUUCAGACAUGAUGGAUGGAUGGAUAGAAGAUGGGAUGCUUAGGCGGGCUGCAAGCUUAUAGGGAUGGUGUGGCUGUGCUCGCACUUCGUCUCUCUCUCUCUCUCUCUCUUAUGAAUUGCUCCUUUGCUGCUUCCGUAAUUCUCUCUCUCGCCUCUUGACUGUCUGUCUGUCUGUGUAGGUAUGCAUUGCUCGACGGCGUGGUAUCUGCCGUGCCGUCCCCGUGUGGCUCUCACUUAGUCACUUGCGUGUGUAUCGCUGUCAAUUGAUGGACAAACGUGUGUGUGUGGUGGACUGUAUGGCGUACAGCAGCUGAUGGCCUGCCUGACUGCCUGUGUGCAUAUUGUGGACGAUGGACGCAGGAUGGCUGUGCGUGUGUGUGUGUGGAUGAGGACCACCACCACUCCAUUCAAUGUCUUCACCUAACAAAAG